UGCUCGAGUCUGAGGAAGCACCGCCCCCACCCCCCGCCGUCCUGGGACACGAGAAGACACCGCACUGGGGAAUAUGCUGUCCUGCCAUUCCCAGCCUGAGUCCUACCACCAGCACACUGCUAGUUACAUUAGAGAGGCCUUGGCGCCUUUCUUGAAGGACGAAGAAGCCCGGCUCAUGGCUGAACGCGGUGCAAAGAGGAGCGCCUUCCAGCACCUCCUGUGUGCCGCCACCUCGCCGGCUCGGAAGCAGCAGGAGGAGAGUCUCACUUACCUCAACCAAGGUCAGUCCUACGAAAUCCGUAUGCUUAACAGCAAACUAGUGGAGUAUACAGAUACAAGCAGCAAAUAUGUGAAGUCCAGCUGCUCGGCCAUGUGCGAGCCGGACCUGUGCUCUGGCCUGAACUGGUCCUGUCUGUUCCAGAGCAUCGUGCGCGUGGCGUUUCAUGACCGUCGACUGCAGUAUAUGGAGCAUCAGCAGCUGGAGGGAUGGAGGUGGAGCCGACCUGGAGACCGAAUCCUGGAUAUAGAUAUCCCGUUGUCAGUGGGGAUACUGGAGCCCCGUUCAGACCCUCUGCAUCUCAACACCGUGGAGUUCCUCUGGGAUCCUUUGAAGAACGCCUCUGUUUUCAUCCAGGUGAACUGCAUCAGCACUGAGUUUACCCCCAGGAAGCAUGGUGGCGAGAAAGGAGUGCCCUUUCGCAUCCAGCUAGAUACUUUCACCACCAAUGAGAAGGGGGAAUACAUGGAGCUUGUCCACUCCUGUGGCUGCCAGGUCAAAGUCUUCAAGCCCAAAGGAGCAGAUCGCAAACUGAAGACCGACAGGGAAAAGAUGGAUAAAAAAGUCCCUGAAGACAGAGAGAAGUAUCAACUGUCCUACGAGAACACCGUGCUAAAGGAGUGCUCUCCGUGGCCCGAUGCCCUAAAUCUCAGCAGCCACAGCAGCAGCGGCACCCCGUCCCCAACUUCCUGCAGUUUCUCAGACGGCCACUGUUCACCCAACCAGCCAUCGGAGCUGCUCAGCUGCUGUGACCACCUUCUGCCAUCGUCCUCGCCACAGGACACCCAGCUGUGGCUUCACCACUACCGCUUCUCUCCGCUCUCAAGGCUCUUCUGCAGCUUCUCAGGUGCCGAUCUGUUGCGAAUGAGCAGGGAGGACCUGAUCCAGAUCUGCGGCCCAGCAGACGGUAUUCGCCUCUUCAACACCAUGAAAGGAAGGUGCAUUCAGCCCCGACUCACCCUGUAUGUGUGCCAGCAGGCGGCCGGACGCCAGCCCCCCAACAAGCCAGGUGCUGGAGGCAGCGGAGAACAUUCAAAUCGGCCAAAAGGGACAAUUCUUCUAUCACGCUCUGUACCUGGGGGAGCUGACACUGUUGGACCUCUCGGAAAAGAUUGCUACGCUUUACGGCGUCAAUCCGCAGCAAAUUACUCACAUAUACAGACAGAAAGCCGGCGGGAUCCACCUCUUGGUCUCUGACGAGGUAUCCUUAGUCCUCCUCUAUCCACCACUAACCCGUCAUUCCUGGGAGUGCUGCUAUAGGGCCCCGGCCAAGCUGCUUUUAUACUGCUGGUUCUCGUGGCUUUGUUUCAGAGUUCCGAUCAGGUGACCUCCAGCUGUGACCCCAUGUCACCACGUGUUCCUCGUGUAGUCAAACCUCUGUCUGUAGGUCCAUCGGUUUGUGUAUAAUUGGCUGGUAAAUGAUAAAAACAAAAGAAGAAAAGGACUCAAAGCAAAGCAGAUUUGACCACCAUGAGGUGCGAUAGCUUUGAUGAUAAUCACAGUCAUGCAACUUGGAAACUGAGUAACUGAAUAGAUACAAGCUCCAAAUACCGGUCUCAUUGGUGGGGCUCGAUCUAGCAAAGCAACAGAAAUGGUCAGAUUUCAAAUUGAACUGGAUGAAUUAUAAAUAAUGCAUACUCCCGUCUUCAAAUAAGAGAUUCACGUUCCGGUGUCAGCUCUGUUCCUCUCUGUUAACUCAUUGUUGGUCUGUGAGUCCAUGUUAGUAUUGAUCAUGUUGAGCUCUUAUUAUUUUAUUUAUUUUCUUUCAUUUGGAACGUUGUAAUAAUGAAGUUAAUAUUAAUAAUAUAUGAGCCAUAGUGGUUUCAAGCCUAAAAGAACAUAAAAUAAUCUGUCCAUUCUUAUUUAAAGCCUGUGCUCCCUCUUUGGAGACGCCACAUAAAAUCAAAGUAGAGCAUGUUUGAAGAAGUCAGAUUACACAUUUUUUAUGAUAAAAGGAAACAUUUUAUACUAUUUUGAUAAAUGUCCAAGAGAUUUUGUAAACCAUCGUGAAGUAUGUUAAAACAUUUGUUGACUAGUAUACUGAAAAAAGUCAUAAAUAAGUAGUAUAAGUAUACAGUAUAAGUAAAGUAAAUAAGUAGUCAUAGAAGCAUCAUAGAAUAUAUUGUUGGGGAAGUAUAGUGUUGUGAAUAAUCUGUUUGUUUCAGAUGGUGCAGAACUUCAGGGAAGAAAGCAGCUUCCUCCUCAGCAUUAUAAGAGGUAACAGUUUGUCACCUGUGUGGCUGGAUUAUUGGUUUUAUUGAACAUUUACUGCAAUGCUUUCUGGUACGCAGAUGGAAACACUGACGGCUUCCAUGUCGUGCUGAAAUGAGCAACAGGUCCUCAGUUGUACAGCUUGUAUAUAUGUCGAUCUAGGGUACAAUGUACCUAUGUAACAGGACUUACUGAACUUGAUUUAAUUUUUCUUUAAUUUUCUUUCUUUUUCAUUUCUAUUGUUGGUAAGUUACUGAUUCAUAUUAAAAAGGGCCCUUUAAUCAGAGGUAAACAUUGCUGUACUUAUGUGCCUUCAUUAUGUACAGUUCCUUGCAUAAGUAUUCAUCCCCUUUUGUUCCGUUUCAAACUGGAAUUCAAGUGGACUUUUUCCCAUUUAAUCAAAACAACAUGCUUUGAAGGUGCAGAACCUCUUUAUUGUGGCACAAACAAUAAUGAGAACAAAAAGUAUUCACCCCAGUAUUCAGUGUGUGCUCUCUAUACAGAGACAUAUUGUUUUGGCUCAAAUGAUAGUCAAGAUGUCAUAUGACUAGUAUGUGUAUCAAUUCUGUCUCCCACCUGCAAGUAUUAAUCAUAAAAUAAAUGCACUGUUUAAUAAUUUUA